AUGUCUAUAUUUCUAUUUCGGUUCAUUCUUUUUAUGCUCACUUUCCUGUCUCAGGCAUAUACUUAUAUCGGUCUCUUCAUAUCUAUCUAUCUAUCUAUCUAUCUAUCUAUCUAUCAGUUUCUUCAUAUCUAUCUAUUUCAGUGGAUUUUUCACUUUAUCUCACAUCUGUGUCUGAUUUCAUGUGAGAAACGUGCAUAUUUUUCUGUUGAUUCCCCAAAUCGACCUCCUUUCAUUCUUUUAUUCUUUUCUUUUACAUUCCUUUGUUCUUGUCUUCUUUUUCCUUUCUUCAUUCAAAUCUUUAUUUCGUGCAUUUUGUUUCCUUCAAUCGUUUCUUCGUCUAUUUAUGCUUCAUUCGUUGAUCUGACUUUUUCAUCGUCCAUUCCUUUUUUUCUUCAAUUAUUCGUUCAUUCUUCUGUAAUUACUAUUGACUUUUCUUUCUUUCUUUCUUUCUUUCUUUCUUUCUUUCUUUCUUUCUUUCUUUCUUUCUUUCUUUCAAGUUAUUUUCUUCUUUAUUAUUUCUUUUGCCCUUUCUUUUUGUUCUGGUUUCUUUGUAAGGUUCCUGUUAAUUUUCUCUUUUUUCUAGUUUUCGUUUCGUUUACAUAUUUCUGUUGGUUUCGGUGUAUUCUCACCUUAAACUUUGACGGUAUUUGGGAACUAAUCCGAAACCAAUCUUUGAAAGACGCUGCAAUCGUUUUCGUGAAAUCGUGA